AUGGCCCUCAAGAAGCGCCUAGGGCUGGGCAGCUUGAUGCGCAAGAGGUCUUCCCAGCAUGUUCCGGUAGACAGCCAUGCGGACACGCCGGACGCAAACGCCGCUCGCGGAGUGAGGCUGUUCUGCGAGUCUGGCGCCGCCAACUCGGGCGAGGAAGUUCUGCACCUCCCAACCAUUGUCGAAGCCGCCGAGUCGAGUCCUUCUGCUGCCGCCGCGUCUGCCUCGCAGAUCCGCAAGUUCCUCUCCAAGGAGAACUACAAGACCCCCCACGUCCAGUACAACGCCAUCAUGCUCAUUCGCAUCCUGGCCGACAACCCGGGCCCCUCCUUCACCAAGAACCUCGACAAGCAGUUCGCCGACACCGUGAAGCACUUGCUGCGAAAUGGACACGACCCCAGCGUUGCGCAGAUCCUCAAGGAGACGUUGGAGUCCCUGGAGCGAGAAAAGGCGUUCGACACCAACCUGAAUACCCUCUUCGCCAUGUGGAGGAAAGAGAAGGGCCUCAUGGAGAAUGCAGCCAAGCAGUUUGGGGGUCGCAGACUCAAUGCGCCACAGUGGACUGCUGGCCAGCAGUUCACAGGCGGUUUCAGCUCGGGAGGGGGCCGAUCGCAGCCACGCGGGCUGCCUGCGCCCGUCGAGCUUGCAGGGCGCAUUGAAGAAGCGCGCACUUCGGCCAAGCUGCUCCUUCAACUCGUGCAGUCGACACCGCCAAACGAGCUGAUUGGCAACGAGCUGGUCAAGGAGUUUGCGGAAAGAUGUACAUCAGCCCAGCGCAGUGUGCAGGGCUACAUUGCCUGCGACAACCCAGCGCCCGACGACGACACGAUGCUUACGCUGAUCGAGACAAACGAGCAGCUCUCCCUGGCGGCCUCGAAGCACCAGCGUGCUGUGCUCCAGGCUCGCCGCCUCGUAGGAGCCUCACCAUCACCCCCAGCACAGCAGACACCGCCAACACUACCUCCCAUCAACAGUGCCCCAUCCGGGGUUCCCACAGACUCGUACGAGCCUCCAGCGAUGCCCCAGCGCAGCAACGUGCAGGCGCCGUCACCUAUGGAUUCCCUACCGAGAGACCCAUAUGAUGCGCUCCCAAACGCAGCUCCCUACGGUGCACUACCGGUCCAAGCGCCCGCCGUUCAGAACCACGACGACAACCACCUUCCUACAUCUCUCCAAGCCGCGCCUAACCGGCAACGAGACAGCUCUGUCCCCCAGCAGCAAGAAGAGAAUCCAUUUGCUGACCAGUACACAUCAACCUACACGCCACCUACCCAUCCACGAGCGAAUGGCUACGGAGGACCGCCAGACUCGUACCAUCCUGGCUUUCAGUCAACGCCGUCGUACAUGCAGCGACAGGAGAGCUCCGCGAACCAUCUGACUAUGCACGGCGCAGGGUCUCCCAUCCAGGAGGACGAGGCAGGUCAGCGUCCGCGUACCCCAGACCAAAGUGCGACUCAGCAACGGCAACACGAGGUUUCGCCCAUUGCAGAGCGCAACACAGUCACGUAUCGGUACUAG